AAUGCUCGAGAGAGAGAGAGAGAGAGAGAGGAUCUAAAUAUAGAUAGAUCGGGUCGAGAAAUCUUCGGCCGAGGCUCACAAUCUUUUCUUGCCUUCCGUUCCAUCCCGUGUCGACUUCUCGAUCUGUGCCUCUCUCUUGGGAUCGAUAGAAUGGAGGGCCUCUUCGGGAAGCUGCGGAAUCUGGACGCCUACCCCAAGAUCAACGAGGAUUUCUAUAGUCGAACACUUUCCGGUGGCAUCAUCACCAUCGUCUCUUCCAUCGUCAUGUUCCUCCUGUUCAUCUCCGAGCUCCGAUUGUAUCUUCAUGCUGUUACAGAAACAAAGCUCAUAGUUGAUACCUCAAGAGGAGAAACCCUUCGGAUCAAUUUUGAUGUCACCUUUCCUGCCCUUUCAUGUUCUAUGCUCAGUCUUGAUGCAAUGGAUAUUAGCGGGGAAGAGCACCUUGAUGUCAGACAUGACAUAAUUAAGAAGAGGCUAGAUUCUCAUGGCAAUAUUAUUGAAUCUAGACAAGAUGGAAUUGGUUCACCUAAGAUUGAAAAGCCUUUGCAAAGACAUGGUGGAAGACUUGAACAUAAUGAGACAUACUGUGGUUCUUGCUAUGGUGCAGAAGUGUCUGAUGAAGAUUGUUGCAACUCUUGUGAAGAAGUUCGUGAAGCCUACAGAAAGAAAGGUUGGGGCCUUUCAGACCCUGAAAUAAUUGACCAGUGCAAAAGAGAAGGUUUUCUUCAAAGGAUCAAGGAUGAAGAUGGUGAAGGGUGCAACAUCUAUGGUUUCUUGGAAGUUAAAAAAGUGGCAGGAAAUUUUCACUUUGCCCCUGGUAAAAGCUUUCAGCAGUCAAAUAUGCAUGUGCAUGACUUGUUGCCAUUCCAAAAAGAGAGUUUUAAUAUAAGUCACAAAAUUAACAGAUUAUCUUUUGGAGAAUAUUUUCCUGGUGCCAUCAAUCCUCUUGAUGGAGUUCAGUGGGUGCAACACGCACCAUAUGGAAUGUACCAAUACUUUAUCAAGGUUGUUCCUACUGUUUACACUGACAUAAGGGGUCGUACCAUCCAGUCCAACCAGUUCUCUGUAACCGAACAUUUCAGGAGUGAUGAUAUUGGUCGAUUACAAUAUCUUCCAGGAGUGUUUUUCUUUUAUGACCUUUCUCCGAUUAAGGUUACAUUCAUGGAGGGACAUGUAUCUUUCUUACACUUCUUGACUAAUGUUUGUGCGAUUGUUGGAGGUGUUUUUACUGUUUCUGGAAUAUUAGAUUCAUUCAUCUAUCAUAGUCAAAGAGCAAUCAAGAAGAAGAUAGAGAUUGGUAAAUUCAGCUGAUUUUGUCUAUGGUGUAAACUCUCAGUGCCAAUCUGAAGGACAUUCACACAAGGGGGAACUUGUUAAUAUAUCAGAGAAAGGUAGUCUACUCACAAUUCCGUUUGCAAGUAAUAUUGAGUUGCUUGACAGUUUCACGCUGGGUUAUUUCUUGGGUUAGUCUCUCUCUGCACCCUGAGUUGGUCGAUGUAAUUGAUUUCACACUCUGCUUAAAGACUUCUGACUCCGAAUUCAAGUAAUGUAAGCAUGAGCCCGAGUGCUGAUGAAAGACCAUUUGUGAGCAAAAAAUACAGACGGUGUUGAUAGGGAGUAUAAACUGAUCAUUUUGACAGUCAUGGCUAAGGCUUUCUCCCAAGUUUUGUUUAGCAGGAAAUGGUAUAGAUAAACUGUGACACAUGAUUCAUUGUCGUGUUACAAAUACGAGUUGAGCUGCUUACGUUGAAAAAUCUCAACUUUCUCAUUUA